GUGACUAGCGGCAUGUAGCGCUAUUUCCUCUCAUUGUCGAGCGGUCGUGAGCAGGAAGUCGGAAAAGAAAGCAGAAACCGAGGGGGCAGGGCCGUUUAAAAAUACCUGCUGCCCUACAAUAACGGGACCGCAGACGGCAGCCUUACGGGACAGCGCCGAGGAGACUCAAGAUGCAGCGCAGAGGAGAAACCACGCUCGACGCAAACGCGCUCGCGCUGGAGUAAACAAACGACGCGGCGUCCGUCAGUCAACGCGCAUCGCCAAGAAACACAGGCUAGGACGCAAAGGAGCUACGUUAGGUGCGCUUGAGAUUUAGCGUGCGUUAUGUGUGCUAGGUCGAAGAAGGCGGCGAGGCAGGUGCGUCUUUGAAGGACGUUGGCGGCGUUUCAACACCGCGGACGACGAGCGCGGGACGUGUUCGACCGGACGCGCGCGGAUCUAACGAGCUACUGAAUUAAUCCCCGAGCGAUAUUUAUCAUGGCAUCGACAAUUGAACGGAAAACGCUGGAAACGAACGAGGAGCCCGUCGACGAGGUGCUUCAGAUGCCGCCGUCGCUGCUGACCUGCGGAGGCUGUCAGCAGAGCAUCGGGGACCGCUUCUUCCUCAAGGCCAUAGAGCAGUACUGGCACGAGGACUGCCUGAGCUGUGACCUCUGCGGCUGCCGCUUAGGGGAGGUGGGCCGCAGGCUUUACUACAAACUUGGCAGGAAGCUGUGCAGGAGAGACUACCUCAGACUGUUUGGUCAGGACGGGCUCUGCGCUUCCUGUGAAAAGAGGAUCCGGGCUUUUGAAAUGACCAUGCGCGUCCGCGACAAAGUCUAUCACCUCGAGUGCUUCAAAUGCGCCGCCUGCCAGAAACACUUCUGCGUCGGAGACCGCUACCUGCUCAUCAAUUCGGACAUCGUGUGCGAGCAGGACAUUUUUGAGUGGACCAAAAUGAAUGGCAGCAUAGUAUAGCGCUCCGCUGAAGCCCUGAGCGAGAGGUAAUGUUCUGUCAGCAAACCCUUUACUUCAAAAAAAAAAAAAAAGAAUAAUUAUAAUUAUCCUUCCGGCUCCAGGAGCCACCGCCAUGGACAUGUUAUAAAACCUUCAUCUCAUGUAUUUAAGAAAAAUCGCCACCAGCAACAUAGACUUGUUUUUCUAUCGGCGUAUUUUUAAUAACGGCAUAAAUACAGUUUGUAAUGCAUUGCAAUAAAGGCAGGUUCCCUUUGCUACUUUAACGGAACGUUAGGACUACGGUGUUAUUUGUUUUUUGAAGUAACACAAUUGCCAUAAAAUGUGAAAACGUCUUUCUUAGAGCCUGAAUAAAGAAAAUGACUUGUAUACUCACAGGAGAGAGACUCGCUUACUAUAUAAAAACAUAUAUUACAAGACAAAAAAAUUACUUAAGUGAACGCCACUAUCAUAAGCCUACAGAUUGAGAAAUGAUACAGCCAGAUUAAGAUGCUAUAGAGAAAAAGUUCAUUCAAAAGACACGGUGACGAAUCCAUAAACAAAAUAAAGAAUAAACCAAAAAAAAUGACAUAAAAUGUAUGGCAUGUUGUCCUAUUCAUAUCCUUCUGGGGUUCACGGAGCUCAUUCGGGAGUAAAGCCCCGUCAUGGCAAAGCAACACAUCUGAAAGCCACCGGUUCUAAACAGAGCUAGAACGCUAUUAUGUGUUUUCCAUCCCACUGCCCAGCUUUGAAGGGGUUCUGAUCUUUAACAGAAGCCAGCGUUCAGACAGACGUGAAUGCUGCUCUUUUACUAACCUGGUUUGGGUGGACCGACCACAGUUGCGGAUUUUUUUGUUAGUUGUACCACCUCCGCUGGCUGCCUUUGGGAAGUCAUGAUUCAAAACAGCCCACCCUUCCACGAGGGGAAAUUUGUGAGGGAAAAUUUGUGAAAAGUUGUUUGUUUGCUCUUGAUCGCUGAGGUUGUUGUUCUCGCUCUGAACAGAGGGGGGCGCCAGAUACCAAAAAAAAAAUACAGCGCGUGAGCUACUGACAUGCGAAUAUAUAUAUAGCAUGUGUGAUUUACUUAAAAUGUCAAUUCAUUUAAUAUCUGAGUUUAGCAGAGACUGCAUAAACGUUGAUAUACUAACUGAAGAUGCACAUUCGUUUUUUAUUUAAAAAUAAUUUUAAGGGAACUUUUAUAUUCCAAUUUUUGUUUUUCAUGAAUGCCUUAUUGUUCUCUGUUUUGUAAAAAUAAUUCUGAAGAUUCCGAGUUUUACAAAAUUAAAAAGAGGAAGAAGAAUGUUUAGUUUAUUUAUGAAAUAUACUGCAAUGUCCAGACGUUUUAAGAAUUUAGGCUUAUAUAAGCUUCCAAUUAUGAAGCUGUUUUUGCAUUUUCUUACUAUAUUUGUUGCCUUUUUAAUUUGAUAAAUAAACAAAAACCAUGUAUAUAUCAUUUUA